UUUCCAGUCGGACCGGUUUUACCAACACACAUGCGCACCUUGAACUCAACAACAAACUGAAGUGUUUCUCGUCUCUUUCCGCUGAAAACCGAAUAACUCGCUUUAUGAGCGAUGUCCGCUUUCCCGCCGUUACUUCGGGUGUCGCGUGCAGCCUCCGGGCGGCUGUCGCGCAGAGGAAGCGCAGGAAACAGUUUGUGUUUCAGAGCCAAAUGUUUACGUCUCGCUUCGAGCCAACAUGAACACUGCAGCAGCAGCAGGUGCUACACGAACGCCGCCGGGACUGGGACGGUUCGGAUCGGCUGUGCUUCCGGGUUCUGGGGGGACACGGCUACGUCAGUUCCCCAGCUGAUCUACGGUGGGAAUCUGGACUUCCUGGUUUUUGACUACCUCAGUGAGAUCACCAUGUCCCUGCUGACCGCCGCCAGGACCAAGGCCCCUGACCUAGGUUACGCUCCAGACUUCGUCCACGUGGCGUUGGCUCCGUUCAUCAAUGACAUCCACAGGAAUGGUAUCCGAGUCGUCAGCAACGCGGGAGGGGUCAACCCGCUGGCCUGCGCUGAAGCAAUACAGGAAGUGGUCAGGAAGGCUGGGCUCGACCUUAAGGUUGCCGUGGUGACCGGCGAUGACCUCAUGCCCCAGAGGAGCCUCCUGUCUAAAGUAAAGAUGGCUGACGGCGGCAGACAGGCGCUUCCGAGAACGCUGCACAGCAUGAACGCUUACCUGGGGGCCGGGCCGAUCCGGCGCUGCCUGGACCUGGGAGCCCACAUCGUGGUGACGGGACGCUGCGUGGACAGCGCCGUGGCUCUUGGACCGCUCAUGCACUGGUUUGGAUGGAGCAGCACUGAGUUUGACCUGCUGGCAGCUGGAAGCCUGGCGGGUCACCUGAUCGAGUGUGGAGCUCAGAGCACCGGAGGGAUUUUCACCGACUGGCACCGAGUUCCCGACUGGGACAACGUGGGCUUCCCGGUGGUCCAGUGUUCUGCGGACGGUUCCUUCCUUCUCUCCAAACCUCCGAGGACCGGCGGUCUGGUGUCCUUCGGGACCGUCGCUGAGCAGCUGGUGUACGAGAUCGGAGACCCGCGGAGGUACCUGCUGCCUGAUGUCACCUGUGACUUCAGCCAGGUGCAGAUCCAGGAAGUACCAGGUGUAGAAGGUGGAGCAGUCAGAGUCACAGGAGCUAAAGGUUUCCCUCCAUCUCACGAUUACAAGGUGUGCUCCACCUACAUGGACGGUUUCAGAGCAACGGCGGUCUGUCCUGUCGGAGGACCGCGAGCUGCAGAGAAGGGCCGGCGGACGGCGGACAGCAUCAUCAGACGGACCAGACGGAUGUUCAACCAGCUGAGACUUGAAGACUUCUCCUCCGUCCACAUCCAGGUCCUAGGAGCAGAGGACACCUACGGUCCACACGCCCGCUGUAAGGACUCCCGGGAGGCGGUUGUCUGGAUGGCCGUCCACCACAGACAGAAGAAAGCUCUGGAGGUCUUCUCCAGGGAGGUGGCUCCGGCCGGAACCGGGAUGGCUCCUGGACUCACCGGCAUAGUGGGCGGGCGACCCAAAGUAUCUCCGGUCCUGAAGCCGUUCUUCUUCUUCUACCCUAAAUCCCAGAUUAAGGUGGACAUCCAUGUUGGCGGACAUCUGGUGGAGUCUCUGACAGAGGUGGAACCAGACUCACCUGGACAGGGACAGGAAGGAGUCCCGCCCACAUCAGACCAGGACACACCUGAUACAGACCUGCCCAGUGGCCCUCACACCUACAGGCUGGAGGACCUGGCCUACACCAGGAGCGGGGACAAAGGAGACUCCGCUAACAUCGGAGUCAUCGCUCGCCAUCCGCUUUACUUCCCCUACCUGAGUAAACACCUGACUUCUUCUGUGGUGGAGGAAUACUUCUCCCACCUGCUGGAGCCAGGGGCGAGCCACGCCGUCACACGAUACACUCUACCAGGGAUCCAUGGCCUCAACUUUGUCCUGCAGAACUCUCUGGGAGGGGGAGGGGUGGCCUCGCUACGCAGUGACCCCCAGGGUAAAGCCUACGGGCAGAUGCUGCUGGACCUGGAGCUGACGGGACUGCCGGACCUCAAGUCCCUGGUGGACUGAGACAGACACAAGACCCAGAAAAGGAGACGUGAGACGUCCGCAGGAAGACUGUUGAUCGGUUCUGACCUUAAAACAAAAUAUGAAAUAUAACCAUAACGUGUUUGUGUAGAGGAUCACAGUGUAGGGAGACAGUUCUGGUGGCGUAGAGGAUCACAGUGUAGGG